CCAGCUCAAAGCCUGGUGGUAACUCAACGAGAGUUGGUUUGGUUAAAACUGCUGUUAACAUGUAUGGUAACAGGAUUGCAGAUGUUAAUGGUCCUUUGCUGAGAGAGGAAUUCUCCACGAAGAACUCUUCAAAAGCAAAAGAACUCCACAGAGCAAGAAGGGAUAUUGUCCUGUACAAAGAGAGCAAACAGGCUGCAGAAUCUGCGAAAGCUGAAGCAGAAACCAAGCUUUCUAAUGCUAAAAGGACGGUGAAAGAUCUUUUCUUCAUGAUCGGGGAAUCUAGCUACAGGGCAAAAGCGCAAACGAGAGAUAUGGCAUCACUAAAGAAGUAUAGGAAGCCAAGCAAGAAUGUUGGUGAUAAUGAGCAUUCACGAGUGAUGAGAGAAUUGGAACAUGCUAAACGGGAAUUGUUUCAACUUAAGCUGGACGUGGCUUCUGUUCUGGAAGAGAAACUUCGAGCAGAGAAGGAAAUCGAAACAUCGAGAUCCAACGUGCUGUCAUGCUCAAGAGUUGCACGAAAACUGAUGAUGGAGAUUGAAGCAGCCAACGAAGAACAGGUGGUUGUUGAAUUGGCCCGGAUGGACGCUUUGAAAGAAUUGAGACACAUGGAAGCUCUGGAAAAUGCAAGGAACAAGUUGAAAGAGGCCAUCAAGGAAAUAGGCGAGUCAGAAGAGCUUGAAAGGAAAUUGGCCACAGCAAUGUAUGAGAUUGAAAUCUUGAAGAAUGAACUGAAGUUGGUGAAUAAAAGGGUUGAAAGAGGUGAAACAGGAGACGUUGGUGUGUUGGAGACUAUAAAAGAAGAAAUAGAGGCUGCAAAGAAAGAUUUAGCUUCGAUUAGAGAUCAAGGUUUUAAGUUUAUGGCGUCCAUGGAUGUUAUAAGAAAUAAGCUGAAGCAAGUCAAUGCAGAAGCGGUUCAUUUGAAGAACACGGAAUCAAAAAAAGGUACAAAAGUGAGAAACGUCAGUUACAAGCUUUUGAGAGCAAAGUCUAAGCUAGAAGCCAUGACUGCUGCUGAGGAAAAGGCUGAGUCAGUAGCCAUGAACUUGUCACAAACUCUUGAUGAGCUCAGGUCCAAAACAGAAGCAGCAAAGAAGGAAAAAGAGGUUAUAAAAGAAGAGGUUACGGCCACCAAAGAAGAGAUAAAAAAGGCUUUGUUGGAGAUAAACGAGGGAGAGGAAAGGUUGCAAGGUGCCAUGCAAGAGCUGGAAAGAGUGAAAUCAUCAGAAGCUUUAGCCUUAGAGAAGCUGAAGAUUCUGAGCGAGAACGCCAUGAGAGAGAGAAGCUUAACAAAUCCUAGUACCUUGAUUAUGAUCUCAAAGUUUGAACACGAUUAUCUGAGCAACCAUGCAGCUGAGGCAAAAGAAAUUGCUGACAAGAAAGUUGAAGCGGUGAAGGCGUGGGUUGAAGCUGUGAAGGCCAAUGAGAAAGAGAUAGUGAUGAAAACAAAGAUAGCUGAGAGAAAACUGGAAGAGAAGAUGGCUCCAAAGAGAGUUAACAAUGAAGAGUUUGAGAAUUGGUCAAAAAAGAGAGAAAAAUAUCCAUCAAAGGAGUUGCAGCGUGCCAUGUCAAGAAAGAGCAAGAAAUCUGAAGGAAGCUCCACACCUUCUAGGGUUCAUAAGUUACAGAAGGGAGCUUCACCAGGAUCUCGUCCUCUCAGUCCUUUCAUUGUAAAGAAGAAAAAGAAGGUCGUACCAAAUUGGACCAAGAUUUUUAGAGGGAAGAAAGAAAAGCAUUAGCACACUUAUAUAACUGUAUUUCGACAAACUGAUGUAACUCUUUAAAAAACCAAACAACCUCGUGUAUCAGUGAAUCUAAUUUUCUGUUAAAGUAGAUCUUUCUCGUACCCAAAAUUAUAAAUUAUAUAUUAAUUAAUA